GAAAACACAAGCUGGAAGAGGUGAAUCCAUACGAAUAGCUUUACAAAACUUGUAAAGGGAGCUGGUGCUUUUUCUUGACUUGACCACGGCAAGCUUUGGGAUUACGUUGUCAUUUUGUAUUAGGCGACACAUUUAAACAAUAUUGCAAAUUUUCGUUUGUUUUUUUUUUUUCUCUUGUGGCGGCAUGGAAUUUACAAGUACAAAAUCGCUGACGGACGACAUGGCUUUCACUCCAUAUGGCACGGCGGUGCUCAUUGGCAACUGGGCAGAGCGCCGUUUUGCAGUCGAGGAGCAAAGCAACGCCAUUCUGCCAGGGAUUCGGGUGGAAGGCUGUGAAAGCCAUCUGUCACUCAGCCAGGAUACCUACACGGAUGCGCCCUUCGUUUGCGUCGAUACCGUGCCCUUUUUCCUUGAGCAGCGCAAGUUGGCCUACCAGAACUACUUAAGAAACGGGCGGUCAGGCCUGAAGCUAGUGGACCAUGAGUCACUAAAACGGAACUUUACCACGACCCACACCCUGGACUUCGAGGAGUUACCGCGACAGAGUCUUUUGCUCGCGAAGGGGGAGGACGGCAAGUGUGGUCCUCCAAAGCAAGCGGCGGAGGUCGACAGGCUGAGUGCCUUCGGGAAUCUUACGAAAACCCACAAUUAUCUCUGGCGCUUCAAGUGCGAGAAGCUCCUGGAUGAGCUCAAGAACAUGCAGACUACCUAUUCCGCCUCCUUCAGCCGUGCAUGGGAGAGCAAGCCAAUCUACGAGUAUGGGACAGACUACGAUGGCGUCGUUAAGUUCGACUUGACGUGCUAGAAUCCGGCCCGGUAACAAAUCCUUCGGUGCGGGUGUUGUUGCCCGAUUUAAAGACUACAGAAUAAACGUCUAUAUUACAAGAUUCAA